GCCGGUCGCGUCAUCCCUGGAUGGGCGGCGCACUGAGGGGAGGACGGAUGGUGUUUUCCAGCUUUAAAAGCACUGGAGCCGGCCCCUUUGACAAACCACUCUGCGUCAUCGACCGGGGAGGCUCUUGAAAACCUUCAUUGGGCUGAAGAGAGACAAACUCACCUCAACCAAGGUCCCCUUAGCGGCACUACCUGCGCCGGUCUACAGUUCCAAUAGUAUAAGAUUUAUCCCCGCUCAGCCAGUCAACCGCGUUGUGGUUCCAAGUUGUACACUCGUUAUGCUUUAACUUCAAUGCGAAUAAUGCUUUUAUUUGAUGGUGUAUGAAGUGAUCUGGCUCUUGCAAUAUUGUCAUCGGCGUCGCUUAUCAUAGUCUCACAGUCGGUGAAAGUUGCGCGGAGAAAGUUGCGCAUCGCUUGUUGAAUGCAGGACACCUUCUGCCUGAGCGUCAAUUCCAAGUUCAGCUUUGGAGCAACAGCCGGUAAGGAGCAGGGACUCCAGUUUCUCACCUCUGUCGCCGCCGAUAUGAAGUCUGCAGAAGAAGAUGCAUACAGCUACACACCAAAUGUCAGCUUGUCCCUUCCACUGGGCAUGGGCAACCCCUGUCUGGCCACCCAGUACCAUACCUUACAGUCCAGCCCAGUCAUAUCUUGCCACCAGACAGGUUACAGCCUCCAAAACGAGAACCAUGCAGCAUCAGGCUAUUACCUGCCCCACGGCUUGAGACCCAAUGGCGCCCCGGCCCUUGAAAGUCCCCGUAUUGAGAUCACUGCCUACAGCCAGUAUCCUGAGGAUGAGGUAGAAGAGAGCAGCAGUGAGGACCACAUCGUCAAACGAGGCAUUAACUCCAUCGUGACGCUGACACUGCCCAAUGCAGACGGCUACCGUGAUCCCAGCUGCCUCAGCCCUGCGAGUAGCAUUUCCUCACGUAGCUGUAACUCCGAGGCAUCCUCUUACGAGUCUGGCUUCUACAACUAUGACAACUCCCCCCAGAACUCCCCAUGGCAGUCUCCCUGCGUUUCUCCCAAAGGCUCAUCCUCUCUGCUCUCCUGCCCACAUGCCAGCGGCCGUGCAGCUUCCCCUCACCAUUCACCCUCCACCUCCCCUCAGAUAGGAGCUGUGGCCGAGGAAGGUUGGCCGGCGCAAAUUCGUGGCUCCAGGCCUAACUCUCCUUCCUGCAGUGGAGGUGGCGGAGGCAACGGCGGUGGCAGCAUUGGGAAGAGAAAGUACAGCUUCAAUGGCACCCCUUACCAUCAGACAUCCUGCUCCCCCCUCCAGUCGCCCACCCCAUCCCCACAUGGCUCCCCCAGGGUCAGCGUCACAGAUGAGAACUGGCUCGCCAACACCAACCAGUACACCAACUCUGCCAUUGUGGCCGCCAUCAACGCUCUGACCACAGAUGGAGUGGUGGACAUGGGGGAGGGAAUCCCAAUCAAGACGCGGAAGACCAUGCUGGAUCACUCAUCCUCCAUGAGCCUGAAGGUGGAGCCAGGUCGUGAAGUGCUGGGUCCUGAUGGGGAGCUCUGCCAUGAAGACUACCCCUCCCGCCUGGCCCUCAAGAAGGAGAACUACUGUGGAGGGUUCCUGGAUGUGCCCCAGCAUCCGUACACCUGGUCUAAACCCAAGCCUUACCUCAGCCCAUCUCUGCCAGCUCUUGACUGGCAGCUUCCAUCCUGCUCCGGCCCGUACAACCUACAGAUUGAGGUGCAGCCUAAGUCCCACCACAGGGCCCACUAUGAGACUGAAGGCAGCCGGGGGGCAGUGAAGGCACUGUCUGGAGGCCACCCUGUAGUACAGCUUUAUGGCUACAUGGAAAGCGAGCCGCUCACCCUGCAGCUGUUCAUAGGGACCGCAGACGACCGCCUCCUGCGACCACAUGCCUUCUACCAGGUCCACCGUAUCACCGGUAAAACCGUCUCCACUGCCAGCCAUGAAGCCAUGCAAUCCAACACCAAAAUUCUGGAGAUCCCUUUGCUGCCUGAAAACAACAUGAGAGCCAUAAUUGAUUGUGCGGGGAUCCUGAAGCUGCGUAAUUCGGACAUUGAGCUUCGCAAAGGGGAAACAGACAUCGGACGUAAGAACACACGUGUGAGAUUGGUGUUUCGAGUGCACAUCAACCAGCCCAACGGCAGGACUGUGUCCCUGCAGACUACUUCGAACCCCAUUGAAUGCUCCCAGCGAUCGGCUCAGGAGCUUCCCUUGGUGGAGAAGCAGAGUGUGGAUAGUUACCCUGCUACCGGAGGCAAAAUGAUGCUCCUGAGUGGCCUCAACUUCCUCCCCGACUCCAAGGUGGUGUUUGUGGAGAAGGCACAGGAUGGGCAUCAUAUCUGGGAGACAGAAGCCAAAGUUGACAAGGACUCCGUCAAAUCUAAUGCUGUUGUUGUGGAGAUCCCGCCAUACAGGAACCAGAGAAUAUCCAGCCCGGUGCAGGUUAACUUCUACGUCUGCAACGGCAAGAGGAAGAGGAGCCAGUACCAGCGCUUCACCUACCUGCCUCCUAAUGUGCCGAUAAUAAAGACAGAACCCAGUGAUGAAUAUGAUUCUCUGGGGACUGCGAGACUGCCCAUGCAUUCAAAGUCCUAUUACGGCCAGCCCAGGCUCACUCCCAUCAUGCCUGUAGCCGAUCCUGAUGUCUGCCUGGUUGGUGGCUACCCUCCCUGCCCGCCCUGCCAUGCUGCCAUGCCAUCGUCGUCCCCCAGCUCCAGCCCCACCUUACAUGACCUGUCCCCUGUGGCCUACAGCAAGUGCCUCCCCAACAGCCCCACCCAUGCAGUACAACCAGGCCCCGUGGUGCCCUCCAUGCAGGAGACUCCUGGCCUCCCCAACCUCACCCACCCAUCAUCGCCAGACCACAACUCAUCCCUAGGGAUGCUCCAUUCCCAGGGCAGCCCCAACCACCUCAACAGCCCAGGACCUCAUGGUUAUCACCCUAUCUAUGCCAACAGCAGUCCCUCAUCCUCCCCUGUAUCCCACCCUUCCACUCCCGGUGGGACUGCGGAGAGUCCAUUCAUUCAGGCCUACAGUCCCAGUCAGGCUCAGGCAGCAGCCAGCUCACCUAGCCUGUUACCUGAGGAUGCCAGCCCCCCUUCGAUGGCCAUCACCGUCAAACAGGAGCCCCAGGAACUGGACCAGAUGUACCUAGAUGAUGUGGCCGCUUGGAGUGCUGAGACUUACCAAGCAGUGGGUGACUGGGUUUACUUCAGGGAAGGGAAUGAUCAUAACCACUGAACUUUAAUGAGAUCAUCAGGAACGACCUCUCCAGCAUUUCAGUGAACACUCACGCAUAGACGUCCCGAAAUCUUCUGCAGCAGCACACACACACGCUGAAAGCAAUGUCAUCAACAAAAAGAGGACAAAAACAAAGAGAGAGAUCCAGAUGAUGAAGAAUAAAGUUUUGACCAGGAUCUCCCGCUUAACUAUCGUUACCAUCAGCUCCUCCUCUCUCAAAGACUCGCUGCAGACUUAUAUUGACAAUCACUGGCAAGCUCCAUUUGAAUAAACAGAUGAAUGUUAUAUUUACAAAAAGGGAAGUGAUAUCAGGGGCAAAGACGACUACACUUGCCUUAAUUCACAGCAGAUGUUCUUUAGUGGACCAAACAGCUCAAUGAGACUAAAUUAUAAUCUUAAUUUCGAGUGUGAUCUGUAUGUUAAUGCAUGGACAAGCUAAUGGGACUGUAAGUGUCAUGCUUCCUCACGUUGGUUCAUUUGUUUGUGCCGUCAGUCCGCAAAAACCGAAUUGGUGCCUUACAGCAGUGAUAUUGACAGUAAACAACAGCAGAAGUCACACAAAUGCAAAUGGUUUAUUCUAACCCAAAGUGGAAGUUUUUAUAUGACAUUUUUGUAUCAUUUCAAUGAUUUGUUUACAGGGAAACAGAAUAAAAGGCUGGAAAAAUGUAGGGAGUAUGUGAAUAGAUUAGAAUUGUAUUUUUUCUUGCUUCCUCAUUAUUAUCUAAUUGUUCAUUUAUACUGAAUGCUAUUGUAUGAUAUUCUUUUGUAUAAACAUGUAUUUGAAAAUGUACUUCUGUAUGCCUUAUCCUUAUAUCAUGCAGUUUGCUAUUUAGCUUUCCCUUUUUUCCCCAUUUGUCUUCCCCUGAUAUGAUUUGUACCAUUUCUAAUAUCCUACAUUAUCCUUUUCACCUUAGUGCCUAUUUUUUUUUAUCAUCCUGUCCCGGUCUUCCAGUCCUCCCACCCAAACCAUGACGUAAUGAUGCACAGACAAUCAGAGAAAUAUAUAGUACAUAUCCUAUAACAUCCAUUCCUGGUUGCGGGGGAUUAUAAAGGCAGGUAUCAGAGUUUUCUUCUCCCCCAGCUAUAAGGCAGUUGAACAAAGGUAUGCUUACCUGCUGUAUCUGAAAAAGAAUACUCCUGGACAAUAUAUAUUUGUUUGUUACUUCUUGCACUGCAGGUUUGCAUGUAAAUAGGCACAGGGAUAAUCUAAGUAUGCCACAGGCUCAGCUUUACUCGUCAUUUGGGUGAUUCCACUGAGGAGUUGGCAGGACUGUUACUUACUGCUGGCAAUAAUUGAUCUGAGUAAACCAAAGGAUUUUAUCUUUGGUGAAAUUAUUGUCCAAGUUUCCUUUUUCUGUCGGAGACUUUAGCGUAGAGCAGCUCCCCGUACAAAAAAAAAAACAUUAUGCACUUUACUGUAGAAACAGAGCAGGUUUUCUUUCUUCCAGACCAAAUAAUGUAGAUUGAUUUCCACUGUCGCGUCAUAAACGUACCAACAUUGACUCUUCUUCCACACAGCAGCCAUCUUUCCACAUGAUCUAUCUUUUGGAGCAUGCACAUCGUACUAACGUUGGGGUUCAUUUAGCUGACAGUAGCUUACAAUAUAGCUUCCUAAUACAUUUUUGGAAAUAUAAUAGCAUGACUAUGAAUAAGGUUUCUAUUUUGUGCCUUACUCUCUCUUUCUUGGCUAUAAGGUCAUUGCAACUCUAUAAUGCUUUUCUGUGUAGGCACAAGGUGAAACAUAUUUCUCUUUAAUAUGAAAUAUUUAUGAAAAAUGAAAUGUGUUCAAAGUGCAUUUAAUGUGUUCUCAACAAUGAAUUAAUAAAUGGCAUAAUGGUGAC